UUUAGUCCAGUCUUUUACGCACGACUGCUGCAGCCAAUAACGCGCAAUGAGCGCCAGAGUAAACUCGCGCAAAGUCCGGGAUGAGACUCCAGGUGCAUCUCACCCUAAAAGUCCUCGUUCUACACAGAGAAAGAGCGCCCCGAGGAAUGAUGAGCAGGAAAAGGAAAAAGCAAGCUGCUCUUCAAAGCUGGCGGAAAGCCAAAAGUCCGUUCAAGCAACUCUUCAAGGGAUGCUAACCCUAGGACCACCACUAACACCCAUAGCAGCAAAAGGUGGUGAGAAGAAAGUAGGUUCUCGCUGCUCAACAUCGAGAGACACCGAGGAGAAUCCGAGCAAAGAUCUCCAGGGUGCUCCGGAAAAGGCAAAGAAAAGCCAGAGACCGGAGUCAGCCAAAGCGAGCUAUGCUUCAGAGUUUCAGGAAAAUCUAAAAUCCAGACCGAGGAAAUCUUCAAUGUAUAUCAAAUCUAAAGAAGAGGCCCAACCAAACAAAACUGCAAAAAAUGUCGAAAAGAAAGCAGCCACUCUUUGCUCAGCGAGUAAAGGCUGCACUGUCGACCACAAUCCGAAUAAAGUGCUCCAGGCUGCUCUGGAAAAGUUGAAGGUAAAGAAAAGCCAGAGAUCAGAAUCAGCCAAGUGCGUCAACGACAUACAGACUAAAGUCACCGAGCAUCUGAAACGGCACCUGGACUGGUGCAAAGACAUCAACGUUCUGAAGACAGGAAGUUACUAUGAAAACGUGAAGAUUUGCGAGCCUGAUGAGUUUGAUGUCAUGAUGACUGUUCGUGUGGAGAGGGUGAACCUCCAGCCUUUUUUAGAAAACGGCGCCUUUUAUAGUGUAGAAAUGAAACGACAAACCAAAAGACACCCUUUAGACCAGUUUGUCAAUAAAGACAAUAACAUCAUGGCCAGCAAAAUGCUUACAGACUUUCGUGAGAAAGUGAAGGAAGCUGUGGACGCACUACCGUAUGAUGUUCAAGUGGAGAGGAAGAAGCCCGGCUGUCCAGCUGUAACAUUGCUCGUGAAGGAGAAGGGAAAAAACAUUUCUAUUGAUUUUGUUCUUGGUCUGGAGGUCCCGUCAAGUUGGCCUGAAUUCACACUAGACGGCUUCAGAAUUGAAAACUGGCUCAGCAAGAAAGUGAAGGUGGACCAGCGGCGGAAACCGUUUUAUUUGGUGCCUAAAUACGAGGGAAGAGGCAAUGCAGAGCAGGAUGGAGUAAUGGCUAAAGACGCUUGGCGCAUUUCGUUCUCCCAUGUGGAGAAAUACAUCCUGAAAAACCACGGCAACAGUAAAACCUGCUGUGAAGGAGAACAGAAAUGCUGCAGAAAGCAGUGUCUGAAACUUCUGAAAUACCUUUUGCAACGGCUAAAGGAGAAGCAUCCGGAGGAGAUGGACGAGCUCUGCUCAUAUCACGCUAAGACGACACUUCUUCAUGCCUGUGCUGCCAGAGUUAAGGACAGUGUGUGGGCAGUCAGCGAGCUCAGCCACUGCUUCCAGGAACUACUCAAGGACUUUGAGCAAAACCUGAGGGCCUGUGAGCUUCCCAACUUCUUCAUCCCCUCCCAAAAUCUGCUAAACGGUUUCAGCAAGAAAAAAUGCAAAUUCAUAGCAGACCUCAUUGAAAACCAACGUAACAAUGGGUUUCCUAUAUUCUGUUAAAAUGUUACAUAAAAAAAUAAAAAAAUAAAAAAAUUAAAUCAAUAAA